GGUUUCAGUGGUCAUUGACAUUGGCUGAACAUUUCCUUACUACGCGCCACUGUGUUCCCGAGAUUGUGAAGGGACGCAAAGAUCAGCACGGGGACAUGUCGAGAGUUUACAUUGGAAGAUUGAGCUAUCGAGCGAGAGAAAAGGACGUGGAGAAGUUCUUCAAAGGCUAUGGGAAGAUACUUGAAGUUGACCUGAAAAACGGGUAUGGCUUUGUUGAAUUUGAUGACCCCCGCGAUGCAGAUGAUGCUGUGUAUGACCUGAAUGGGAAGGACCUGUGUGGGGAGAGGGUUAUUGUGGAACACACAAAGGGGCCGCGGCGGGACGGCAGCUACGGCUCAGGAGGAGGAGGAGGAGGAGGUGACCGAUAUGGCCCACCGGCAAGGACAGACUAUCGGCUGAUCGUCGAGAACCUGUCCAGUCGCUGCAGCUGGCAGGACCUGAAGGACUACAUGAGGCAGGCGGGUGAGGUGACGUAUGCUGACACCAAUAAGGGGCGCAGGAACGAGGGAGUGAUAGAGUUCAGGCUGUACUCUGACAUGAAGAGAGCCCUGGAGAAGCUGGACGGCACAGAGGUGAACGGCAGGAAGAUCCGGCUGAUUGAGGACCGCCCCGGGGCCAAGCGCAGCAAACGCUCUUACUCUCGCAGUCGUAGCCGCUCCCGGUCUCGCUCCAGGAGCCGUAGGUCCCGUAAGAGCCGCAGUGACAGCAGCAGUCGCUCCCGCUCCAGGGGUGCUGGCUCCCGCUCCCGUAGCCGCUCCCACAGCAAGAAGGACAAGACCAAGGGCAGCAGAGAUGAGGAGCGCACCAACGGUGCCCACAAGGCCAAGGAGGGGCGCGGGGCCCGCAGCAAGAGCCGCAGCAGGAGCCGCAGCAAGAGCAAAAAGAGCAGCAAGAAAGAAGUGAAGAAGAGCAGGAAGGAUGAGUCUAGAUCCAGGUCCCGCUCCAGAUCAGCAGCUAAGGAUCGCUCCCGGAAGUCGGGUUCAAAGAGCCGCGAGCCGGCCAAGAGCGACGACGAGGGAGCUACAGCGAGAAGGGGGGCCGCCCGUUCCCGCUCUCGCUCCCACACCCCUGCCGAAUCCAAACCCAAGUCAAAGUCCAAAUCUCCAUCUCCCUCCCCGGCCAAAGCCCACUCCCGUUCCCCCUCCGUCUCCCGCUCAGAGUCCCGCUCCAAAUCUCGCUCCGCGUCUCGUUCUCGCUCCCGCUCUCUAUCAGAGUCCUGAGCUGGGAUGGCAGCAUAACUCAGCAGUCGUGCCCCCCCCCCCCUGUUUGUUCUCGUCCCCUAUCCCCCACCCCUGCGUCUGUCCCUUUUCGUUUUUUUGAUAAAAUAGUUGUAGAAAAAAACAAAACAGGCUCAUGCUCAGUGUCACUAAUCCCCAUUUCUUUUAAAUAUACAGUGUUUUGUUGGUCAUUCUGCUUCUUUUUCCGGUAGUCUCUUAAUCAAGGUGUUUUGUAAGAUAUUAAAUACGUGAAGGAAGUUCGAGAGUAUUUGCUUGGAUAGAUUUUUCUAAGUUGAAAUGGGAAUGUGCUGUAGUAAAGUGUCUUAAACUUUGUAUCAAUACUAGCAUACUGUGCUGUCGAUGUUGUGCGAGGGUGGUAGCUGUUUCAUUCCGUUGUUGCAUCUUUUCACUUCGUGGGAAAUCCUUUUACCCAGUUACUUAAAUAAAAAACGCCUGAUCUGGAA